AUGGCUAAAGAACGAGGAAGAAGAAACCUGAAAAAGAUCAAGGAAUCCUCGCAGUCUGAUAGCCUCAAGACCUUGAAGGCGGAUCCUUCACCCUCAAGAGAAGCUGCUCAAAUAGAUGUCAACACCUUUUUUGGGCUAGUCAACUCCGAAGAGCUUGAUUAUUUCAAACAAGCAGAAUCCACCCUUAACGCCAAUGCCUUUGAAAAUAGCGAGGAGAGGCAGGGUUUUGUUUCCAGCGUUUUUGAAGAAGCAAAGGGAAAAGAACUGAAAUUAGUGACCAACCAAAUCUGCUCCAAGUUGAUGGAGAGGUUAAUCUUGAAUGGCUCGGACAGACAAGUUAAAAGGUUAUUCAAGGCUUUCAACGGUCAUUUUUUGUCAUUAGCUGUUCAUAAAUACUCAUCUCACGUUUUGGAAACUCUAUUCAUCAGAUCUGCCUCCGUAAUCGAAAACGAAUUGUUGAACAACUAUCAGGAGGAAGAAGCUGAGGAGGAAGAAAGCGAUGAAGUAUUUGCAACUAUGGAAAAUAUGUUCCUUUUCAUGUUAGCCGAGCUCAGUUCAUCCAUUCAAAAAUUAAUUGUCCAUCAAUACGGAUCACAUGUUAUCAGACUCUUAUUGUUAAUAGUUGGUGCCAGAGAACUUCCCUCGUCAAUUAUGAGUAACUCCAUCUUGAGAUCCAAAAAGUCAAAGAUAGCAAGGAAAAUGAUUGAAAUUAAAGAUAACCAAGAUUCUAAUAGAGCAUACCAAGUUCCAGCAGGAUUCAAGAACGAGUUACAAGAAUUGCUUGGCCUUAUAGCCAAGGACAAAGAUUCCAAACAACUGAGAGAGCUAGCUAUAGACAAGAUAGCUUCUCCUGUGAUUCAAUUAUGUAUUCAGUUAGAAGGUUUGGUUGACAAAGAUAGAACCAUUUGGACUACAAUCUUUCCUGAAGUUGAUGACAAAGAUCCAAAGGAAGAAGCUUUCGUUGAGUACCUUUUAUCAGACCCGAUAGGGUCUCACUUCUUCCAAGCAGCCAUAAAAUAUCAAAAACCAAAAACUGUUCAUCGCUUAUAUGACCUCUACAUAAAGGAUCGCCUGUUAAAGUUAGCAAAAAGAGAAACAACCGGUGCAUUUGUGGUCAAGGAACUGCUGGGCAAAUUGAAAGCCACUGAUGUGACAGAAAUGUUAGACAUUCUUAUCCCUCAUUUGAGUGAGUUGAUUGAAAAUAACUUAGAAAUUGGCCAAGCCAUUGUAGAUGCUUCCAUCGCUAGGAACAACUACGGUAAAGAGGGCAUUAUCUCCCAAUUUCUCAAAGUAUUCAAUGAUGCCAAUGUAUUGGAGAGUGUUCUUAAACUUUCCACUUCAACACUUGGAAACACCAAGAAUGAUUGGCCCACUGCAGAAGAGAGACGAUGUGCAAUUUUUCUAGAAAAGUUGGUGGAAUAUGACGAUAGUUUCCUCGAUGCAGUCAUUGCUGCAUUGUUGGAGCUUCCAGAGGAUAGGUUCAUUCAGAUGUGCAUGCAUGGUGUGUUUUCACAUGUUGUAGAGAGUGUUUUAGUGAUUGAAAGAGUCGACAUUGUCAAGCGAAGAAGAUUACUAAACAUUUUCACUGAGCAUGUAGUCACACUGUCUUGCAAUGCUUAUGGAUCACACAUUAUGGACAAAUUAUGGCAAUUCUCCAUCAAGUUGAAUCUCUUCAAAGACAGAAUUGCACUGGCUCUGUUUGAAAACAAAGACAAAAUCAAGGACAGCAUCUAUGGAAAACUUGUUUGGAAGAACUGGUCUAUGGAGUUAUAUUGCCGAAGAAUGUAUGACUGGAAAAAUCUUAUAAAACAGCAGGAGUUGGAGCUUUUCCCCGAUCAUAGAGGAGCUCCAACUCUCUUGAAGAAAAGGCCCCUAGAAGAGCCGAAGAAAGUAGAAGAGAAGAAGGACAAAAGUAGAGGACGUAGAAGAUAUCAUUAG